GGAGACAGAAGCCCGUUUCCUGUUAUAAGCUUUAAAAACCAACAUAAGGAGGACGUUGAGGUGUAACAGCUAAUGUGUGCAAGGUGUGUCCGGCUCACUGCUCAAGAACACCAGUUAACAUGCAGACCUCGACACUGUGAGUUUGUAAAAUGAACAUUAAUACAUACAUCGCCUAAAGUAUUACAUCCAAUUGUGAUUGUUGAAUAGUGUUCCUCUGAGAAGGCUUUCGACAAUAUUUUUGGCUCUUCAGCCACAAAAGCAUGAGUGAGGUCUUUGCCUUUGUGCAGGCCAGUCAUCCACACCAAACUAAACCAUCUUUAUGGACCUGGUUGUGUGCACAGGAGCAUUGUCAUGUUGAAACCAAGACAGAGCCUUCCCUAAACUGUAAGCUGUUAUAAUAACAUUUCCACUAGCAUGGUGCGUUGAUCUGUUAUUUCAUUAUUGUUAUAUAUUGCGCGUAAACUGUUUUACUUUUCAUGAAUUUGCAGCAUGUUAAGUCCAAAAGUUUUAUAAUGGCAGUAACAUGUUUCAAUUUCUUAUAUAAUGUUAAAUGUCAGUUUAGUGCUCCAAAAUAUGCAACAUAACAUGGUUUGAAAACCAAACGACGAACGCGCCGGCGCGUUUACUCGGUGUUUCUGUUAAUAUCUCCACGACAAUACAGCAUGUCAGAUGUUGUCGGAAUCUGUAGACUCUCCACUUCCGUGUCCGUAUGCUCGCGAGAUUGUACGUGACUCACACAGCGAGCUCGGAUAGGACCAAUACAGAGGCAGAUCGCGACCCGUCGAGCUCCGCCCCUCACCGUACUUUGUGGAUUCGUGUGUCCGUCUACAUUUUGUGUGAAACACGCUUCAUUCAGUCGACGUCCGAGAGGUCAGAGAGAAGAGAGAAAAUGGCGAAGAUAAAGUUUACAGUUAGCGAAGUGCUUUGGGAAAGCAGCAGUGAGGAUGGCGGAGGAUCUUCAGAGCCUGAGGGAUUUGAUUCCUACGAUGAAGAGGAAUACCAAAAUAACAGGGAUCCAUUUGAAGAUGGAGAGGAUUCACAGCUGCUAGGGUCCAGUGAACAACAUGCAGCAUCUCUGCAGCAGCCACCACGUCCUUCUCUGCCUGCCACCAGGUCACCACAGCCAUCACUACCAGCCCCACCACCACAGCCACCAGCCCGGCCAGCAAAGAGGUCCCGUCCCACCCGAGCACAAGGUACCUCCACCGCAGCCACCAGCACCGGCGCCCCCACCCCCGCUGUCUUGGAAGACGGACAAAGACCCGGACACUGCUCCCCCUGUCUCCAGGUUUCAACCUGCUCGGACACCAGGGCCACAGCUCAGCUCCACCUCCACAUAUACACCCCUCGACCUCUUCAAACUUUUCUUCCCUGUACAAACAGUACAAACACUGUGUCAAAACACAAACAAGCAGGCUGCUAAACAAAUAUCACACGGAAAGAAGUACAAAUGGACAGACUUGGACGUAGGGUACUUUUACAAGUACAUUGGGUUGCUUCUGUACAUGGCCCUGGUAAAUCUAGAUAGUAUUGUGGAUUACUGGAGGCAGAAUCACUUUUUUUUUCCUUGCCUCUUCCAUCACAGAUCAUGCCACGGGAGAGAUACAGAACAAUAUCUUGGAACCUUCAUCUUAGCGACCCUGACGAGGAUGUCCAUAAUGACAGGAAAAAGGGCACAGCCGACCACGACAAACUCUUCCGACUGAAACCCCUGAUGGACAACAUCAAGAAUGCCUGUAAGGCAUUUUAUCAUCCCCACAUACACCUGGCUGCGGAUGAAAGAAUGGUCGCCUCCCAGGCUAAAACUGGGAUAACCCAGUACAUGAAGGACAAACCCACAAAGUGGGGAUUCAAGCUGUUUGUCUUGGCUGACUCGAGGAAUGGCUACACAGUGGACUUUUCAAUUUACACCGGCAAAAGCAACAUCCCCUCCGGACAUGGCCUGGCCUAUGAUGUUGUGAUGUCCCUCGUGAAAGCAGGUUACCUCGGCACAGGCUACCACAUUUAUACGGACAAUUUUUAUUCUAGCCCCAAGCUCUUCAGGGCUCUCCAUGCGUACAGAUUUGCUGCCUGUGGGACUUACAGGGAGUACUGCAAGGAGUGCCCUCGGACAGAUGUGAACGCCCUCACAAAGAGGUCAGAGAGAGGCUCCAUGAGAUGGAUCCGGGAUGGCCCCAUCGUCUACGUGAAAUGGAUGGACACGAGGCGAAGUAUCGGUCUGCUCCACAAUUCACACGGCAUACUCUGGCAAAACUGUGCUGAGGAGGGUGAAACACCAGGAUGGCUCCUGGUCAAGGGUACCAGUCCCCUGUCCCACACCAGUUGCAGAGUACAAUCAACACAUGGGUGGAGUUGAUCGAUCAGACCAGCAAUAUUACGCCGCACAACACAAAACCAUGCGCUGGUACAGAACCCUUUUUUAUCAUUUUCUGGACGUCGCCACCACCAACAGCUACAUUAUUCACAAGGAACUGUGUCUGGCCCAGCAAACAAAACCCAUGACGCACAGAGCUUUCAUGGAGGAGCUGACUGCUGCGCUCUGUGGCAAGCCUCUCCGCACAGCUCCUGCCCGGGCACCUGCGGGUCAUAUUCCUGUGCCUAUCGCUGAUGUCCAAUGUGCAGCAGGCCCCAGAAUGAAAUCCACCACGGGCCGCAGGAGGUGUGAACAUUGCCAAAUCCAAGGCCAGCGAAAGGACACACCGUGGAAAUGCAAGGAGUGUGAUGUUGCCCUCUGCGUGCAGGUGGACAGAAACUGUUUUGCAGCAUGGCAUGAGAGUUGAAAAACUGAAACAAUAUUGUAAAUAGUCUGUUUUGUUUUUAUACAUAAAUAUUUGGUUUGAAAACAAAAACUGUUGUAAUGUUCAUUUUUCAUUUGCACACAGCCCAUGAAGCUUGAUCUGUAGUAUGAUGUCAUUACUCAGUCCCUCGAACAUGUGGUGACAGUAGAGUGACAGAAACACUUCUACUCAAAAAACGAUAUUACAAAAUUUGGUUUUAGACUUUUAUUAUACACUUAUCUGUUAUUUUAUUCAUAUAUUCCACUACUUGUGUGAACCUAAGACUUUGGCAAACCAAUUGCAAGCACCAAAACAAUUUAUCCACACGAGUAAAGGUAUGUUCUCAAAAGAGAUUUGAAGAAUUUCAAAAAUCGGACUUCAGCUUUAGGGACACAUUAUCUCUUUACACGGUGCCUUAGGGCAAUUGGUGCCUCAUUAUACAGAGAGCUGAGAUUGUUCUGCACAUUUUGAUAUACAACACAUGGGUAUGUAUCAUAUAUGCAAAUGCCUUUAAAAGGUGAAUUUAAGAAAAUAUGUAAAAAUCGAGAAAAUGUCCAGAGACUCCAAAGAUGGAUUUUAUGCUGUCUCACUUACAAAUGUUGAAGAUUAAUUUUGCACUUGCCAAUGAUAUUAGUAAUGAUACAAUCUCUCUUUUGUGUGUGUGUGUGUGUGUGUGUGUGUGUGUGUGUGUAGGAGAACACUGGCUGGGUCUGAAGAAGGCAUUUCAUAUAGUAAACCAGAAAGAUACUCGGUUCCAACUUCACAUCGCUCUGGUGUCC